UCCAGGCAGCUGCAUUAGGGGAGGGAAGGGGGACUGUGCCCACACAGGCGCUACACUGCUAGAGCUGUAUCUGUGAUCGCCCACCUGAGCUCUCCAGCACCCACUUCCAAUGUCACAGCUUGGUGUCCUUCCCCUUUAAGGAUAAGAAGGUCACGUGACACAGAGAAGGUGACAGAUUAGGUGCUAUUUAGCCGGUCCACUGCUGUAUCCCACCUCUCUAAUAAAAAGUCUGAAGAUCCAGUUUUAUGUAAAGCUACAAACACGUUGGGUCUCAGCAAUAUUUUUUUAUUCAGAUGAUUUUUCGUUUCUGUAGGUGGCGUUUGGGUUUCUAGGGACCGGCUAGAGGCAUUAGCCUGGUCUUGCAUCCCUCCAAUAAAGAUUAAACAAACUAUCCAGAGGUCCUCAUCUCUUGGCGUGCUUUCGUUACUUGGAGUACAUCCGUGCGCUGCCAAGGCUCUCGGAGGGGAACAUGCACGAGCCGUUUUACCAGAAGACAGCUGGGCAUUGUACGUCAGAGAGGAUCUAGGAGAAUCACUCUGUAUAUGUCAUCGCUGUCACCUCGCUCCUCCAUCUGCAACCUAGCAACCGCAGGAACACGCUCCUCUCACCAGCACCUCUAUUAUUCCAUCGUUUGUGACGACGUUCGGAUGCUCUGAGUUACCCGGUGGCUGGUAAUAUCCAAAGCUAUCAUGCAGAGCCCGUAGUGACAUGAGUAGGCUUGCAGGCAUCUUCCUGUUGAGUAGAUCCAUGCGGCUGAGUGCCUCUGGCUAAAAUGGCCUGCUGCCUGAAGGAUGAGCUCCUGUGCUCCAUCUGUCUGAGCAUCUACCAAGACCCCGUCAGUUUUGGCUGCGAGCACUACUUCUGCCGCAAGUGUAUCACCGAGCACUGGAGCAGGCAGAAGUAUGGGGGCCCCUUGGACUGUCCGGAGUGCCGGAGAACCUUUUUGGAACCCACUUUGUCGCCCAGUCUCAAGCUGUCCAACAUUGUGGAGAGAUACUCUGCCUUCCCAUUAGAUGCCAUCCUCAGCGCCCAGAGGACCUCCUUCCCUUGCAAGGACCAUGACAAGGUCAAGCUGUUCUGCCUGACCGACCGUGCAGUGGUCUGCUUCUUCUGUGACGAGCCUUCUCUUCACGAACAGCACCAGGUCACAAAUGUGGACGAGGCCUUCGAAGAGCUGCAGCGGGAAUUAAAGGAACAGCUACAGGCGUUGCAGGAGAGCGAACGCGGACACACCGAAGCCCUUCAGCUCCUGAAACGCCAACUGGCUGAAACCAAAUCGUCAGCAAAAAGCCUUCGUGCCACCAUUGGGGAAGCCUUCGAACGGCUCCACCGGCUGCUGAGGGAGAGGCAGAAAGCCAUGUUGGAGGAGCUAGAGUCUGACACGGCGCGGACGCUGACGGACAUCGAGCAGAAGGUUCAGCAGUACAGUCAGCAGCUGCGCAAGGUGCAGGAGGGCGUACAGAUCCUACAGGAACGGCUGGCGGAGGCAGACAAGCACACAUUCCUGAGCGGAGUCUCUUCUCUAUCAGAGAGGUUAAAAGGGAAAAUCCAUGAAACGAACCUGACGUAUGAGGAUUUCCCGACUUCGAAAUACACGGGUCCCCUGCAGUAUACCAUCUGGAGAUCUCUGUUCCAAGACAUUCACCCAGUGCCAGCAGCCUUGACCCUCGAUCCAGUGACUGCUCAUCAGCGACUGAUCCUAUCUGACGACUGCACCAUUGUGGCGUAUGGCAACUUGCACCCGCAGCCGCUACAAGACUCGCCAAAGCGAUUUGAUGUGGAAGUGUCGGUGUUGGGUACGCAGGUCUUUGAUGGAGGGGUCCAUUACUGGGAGGUGGUGGUAUCGGAUAAAACACAGUGGAUGAUAGGACUAGCUCAUGAAGCGGUCAGCCGCAAAGGAAGUAUCCAGAUUCAGCCUGGCCGUGGCUUUUACUGCAUAGUUAUGCAUGAUGGAAACCGGUACAGCGCCUGUACGGAGCCAUGGACACGGCUGAAUGUCAAAAGCAAACUUGAGAAAGUAGGUGUCUAUCUGGACUAUGACAAAGGUCUUCUCAUCUUCUAUAAUGCAGAAGACAUGUCAUGGCUUUACACAUUUCGCGAAAAGUUCCCGGGGAAACUCUGCUCGUAUUUCAGUCCCGGGCAGAGUCAUGCCAACGGUAAGAAUGUCCAACCACUACGUAUCAACACCGUACGAAUAUAGAAGCGUUGGUUUGUUCAUCUGUCCUACACAUUCCAAGUGUUACAUCUGCUCAGAUCCACCACCUCAGGUGGCUUGAAGGCAAAAACAUGACAAACUCUCUUUAUAAUGGCUGCGGGAAACUUCAAAUAGCUUGAGAUAAAGAGGUUUAUCAUGAAAUGAAUGUUCAACCCAUAGUAAGAGAGGAUACUGGGUAUAUAGAAUAACCUCAGGAACAAUACCCAGUUUAUUCUCUUAUUGCAAGAGAGCCACUCAGAGACAUCUCACCAGUGAGAAGUUUCUGCCUUCACCGAAUAAAGAGCAUUAGCAUCUUGUCACCCAGAAAAAGAAAAUAUUUAACAAUUAUGGCCAAUGCUUAAUAAACGUAGAAGCCUCCAGUGACCAAUGUUCUUUUUCUUUCUCCCCUUAUGAUUCCAAUCUCUCUUUGUCAUGCCAGUUGGUGGCUCUGAAGAGACUCAUUAAUGUUAUUGACACUUUUUCAGUGAACGGCCAGCGUGUGACAUUAAUGGCUAUUGGAGAGGGUGGCUUUUUUUACAGAGACAUUAACACGAGUUUGUUUUAACCCUCUAGCUACAGGAAAACAGGAAAAACAAUAUCCUACUCACAGAAUGUUUGGAACAUUUCAGUUCUUACAGGAACAUUAAUAACAAUGAAGCCUCCUAUAUCAGUGAUUAUUAGGGGUUUAGUGUGGUUAUAGCACCUUACAAAUCACUGUUUUCUUCUCAAGGCACAAUGACUUCAGAUUGUAUUGCUGUGUCUGUAGGAGUGUGAUUAAGAAAAGGGCUCUAUAUCCGUUUAUCUGUGUUGCUGGAGACCCACGUCUAUUUACACCAUACAAACCUCAUAAAAGGUUCUAAACCUGCACGUCUACAGACAAACUCUAAAAAAAGUACAAAACUUCUAGAUCCACAAACCUACCAUAGAAAUGUUUCUAAUCAAGACCUUCAGACUUCCUGUAUUAGUGAGUCUAAACCUGUAACCUAUCUUAGAAAUGGCUGUUAAGUGUGACGCCAGGGGUGAUUAACAUCACUGGCUCUGCCCAAAGUGGCCGGGUCCGCCCAUAGAAUUGACAGGUCAGUCUGGCGUUCAUGCACACCAGGCUCCCUGCCAAUCUAGUAGGCUGGCCCACCAAGGGCAUGCCAUGCAGGGAGCACAAUUUUAGUUCUCCCUGCAGGUUCUAACGCCCUAAAUAUAGCACAAGCACGUCGUAUGAUGUGCUUGCGCUAUGCUUAUUGGGGACGGAUCCAUGGUGUCCCCAAAAGCAAGACAUCAGGGAACAAAGUAAGGACAUAGGGACAGGACCCGAAAAUCUGGACUGUCCCACUGAAAACCGUGAUAGUUGGGAGGCCAGCUUUACACCUAUAGAUAUACCAUACAUAAACUUAUAGACUUACAGACAUAUCAUAUAUAAGGUUCUAGCCUUACAGACCUACCAUAGAAACAGUUCUAAACUCAGCCUACAGAAAUGGUUUUAGACCUCUCUGUUCUUCAAUAUUGUUUGCUGCGGUCUAGAUACAUUUUAUUAUUAUGAUUUAUAUAGCACCAACCUAUUUUGCAGUGCUAUACAAUUAUGGAAUGGGGAUAUUUGACAAGUAAUUGACAUGCAAAUAUAUUAAAGGGACACUAUAGUCACCACAACAACUACAGCUUAAUGUAGUUGUUCUGGUGAGUAUAAUCACUGCCUUCAGGCAUUUUCAUGCAAACACUGCCUUUAAAAAAAAAAAAAAAAAGCAGUGCUUACAUGCUCCCUAGCGACACCUCCAAGUGGCCACUCCUCAGAUGGCUACUGGAGGUGCUUCCUGGGACAGUGGUGCACAGUGGGUAGCACUACCAUUCAGUGUCUCCACGCUCUGCAUGGGGACGUUGAAUUUUCCUCAUAGAGAUGCAUUGAUUCAAUGCAUCUUAAUGAGGAGAUGCGGAUUGGACAAAACUGUUUGGCCCCGCCCCAAUCCCGCCUCCUUGCUGAUUUCACCCAAUCCAUAUGGGAAAUUCUGAUAUCACCAAGGAGGCAGAUCGGCGGCGGGGCCAGCAUCGGUAGACCCAUGUGUCUUUGGAAAGAAGGUGAGUUUUAACAUUUUCUAGGGGGGGGCAAGCCACCUAAAUGGAGGAUUAAACACUAUUUAAACAUGUAUUCCUGACCCAAUUGUGUUCCUUUAAGAGACAAGAGGUGAAGUAGGCCCUUCUCACACAAGCUCACAGUCUAUGAGGAAGGGGUAAAGACACAAAAGACGAAUACCAGCAUGUCAGAGGGGGUAGAGGUUUAUGGAUAAGAUGCCCAUGUUAAAAUAAGCCAGUAAACGUUGUGUGUGGAAGAACUAAACAGUGGAAGGAGAGAGAAUGAGCCGUGCUAUGGAGGAGACGGGACUGAGAAGGACAAUUGUAAUGAGAAAAGCAUCACCAGUAGAAGUGUGUUUUCUGUGUCUUCUUAAAGGACUGGAGGAUGAGAGAGAGUCUGAUGGCACGGGCUAAUGAAUUCUAGUAGAAUGGGUCAGCCCUUGAUAAAUCCUGCAGAUGAGAAUUGGCAGUGCGGGAAUGAGCAGAUGUCAAGGAAGUCGUUCGCAGAGUGAAGGGAACAAGAAGGCGUAUAUCUGUGACUAGAAAGGAAAUGUAGUGAGGAGUGGAGUUAGUGAGGACUUUGUAGGUUAGUGUUAGCAGUUUGCAUGGGAUUCUCAAGGGUACAGGAAGCCAAUGUAAUGAUUGGGGAAGGGGUGGGGUGAGGGAGUGGCGGCUGCAUUCAAUACAAACUGAGGUGGGGCAAUGCGGGCAUUGGCUGACGAGUAGUGAGUUGCAGGAGUCAAGUUGGGAAAUGAUGAGUUCAUAAACAGGUGCCUUAGUUGUGUCUUGAGUUGGAAAAGGUUAAAUGCAGCCAAUAUUGUUAAGAUUGAACAGGAUUUGGAGACCGACUAGACGUGAGGAGAAAAGGUAGGAGCCGAGUCGGAAGUAAUUCCAAGGCAGCGAGCUUGAGGAGAUGAUGUGUGAGUGAUAGGUGUCCCAUUGGUGUGACAGAUACUAUGGCUAAAAUGUUCCUCUCUAACCUCAGCAUACAACAAACAUUUCGGUAAAAAAAUAGAAAAAACAGAUAAACUAGCUACUGGCAGAAAGAUACAUGGGUGGGGGUGAUAACUAGAUUGAGUAUUAGAGGUGGAUCUUGCAGUGGUUAUGGUAAAGCAGUCUCUGAAAAUGCUGUGUAAUGCUCCAGGUGACGGUCCUUCUCUGGAGACAUUAUAAGAGUGUGCUGAUAACUAAACAGUUUCUAAAUCUCACAGCCCUGGAAAUGCAUUCCUCGUACAGUCCCUUCCUACAGUGCAACUCGUCAAUUGAAUUCAUUCUCUCCCUAUAGUCAUUUCAGCCUCAAAUCUCAGAACUAAAGAGCUUUGGUUCUGGUUAAUAAUGGUGUGGGAGACUCUUGCCCACUCAAAUAUAAAACCAGAACAUGCCGUGCCCCAGUUUAGAAUAUCGCUAGUAUAGAGACAAGCAGGCUACGGAUAAAAUGUGACAUUUAGACACAUCUCUCCAAAUACCAUAGCAGCAGGAAGUUCGAGAUUGAUCUCCAUGUAAAAGGAUUGCCUAUAUUGCUUCAUUACAAUUUCAAUUAAGAUAUCCAUUAUAUACCGCAGCGGGUAUAGUUAGCUGGACUUCUGCCUUUUUAUGUUUAAAAAAAAUAUAAAUAUAUAAUAAAUAUGCAUUACAUGCAUAUACUGCAUUCAAAUUGCAAAUUAUUUUAUUGGAGUUCUAAUGAAAUAAACAGAUUUCAGUCCUUGUAUGGCUGCCAAUUAGUCCACAGGGUUAAUUAGUGCUAACAAAUCAAACCUAAUGACUGGUAAAAUAAAUACAUUGAAACCAACAGAGCCAGUUUGCUAUUCAUCCACUAAGCCCAGAAUCUGACAGAAACAGUGAAGCCAAAUUUUUGGUAAUUUUUUUAAAUAAACGAUUGUUACGUUUUGGGAAGACUGAACAUGUCAGAAUACAACAGUGUGGUGCAUUGUACAAAAUCCCAACGCUUCCACAUGUCUCCGGGCACUUCGCCUGCCAGGCAUCAGAUUGUAGUAAGUGCCUAGUGGGCAAAGUCUGGAUUCAAGCAUUGAUGCCGAGGGCAUCAGCCAACUUGGGGCCCAGGGAGUCCACAAAGGAGAGAGAAAUUGUUGGGGAGCGCGUUCUAUCCAAUUUAUCUCCCCGAGAAAGGAAGUGCACAGUCCUCCCACUGCCAAUACAGCUGCAAUCGCCAAUAAAACAAAAUGCUAUUUCUAUCACUCUUAUCCAGCAACUGGUAUCAAUAUUGAAAUGAUUUCCAUAUCAUUUUACUAAAUAUAUAUAUAGCCCUGUAACUAAGUGGAGCAGUUUAUAUGUUUUGCUGACUUUGUGUUCUGUAUUUGAUAUGUUUAGGAGAGUGACAGGUACUGUGUUUUACGUACGGGUGGGAGAUUGGCGCAGUGUACGAUGAGUGAUGUAUGUGACAGUACUGCAUUGAAGAUCAGAGAUAUAAAUAUAUAUAUAUAUAUAAAUAUAACAUGGGCGCCAAUGAGGGCUUGGCGUGAUGGGUGCAUAGUGACUGUUGAUGUCAAUAAAUGGGAUGACCCCAUGUGCUUGACUACCUGGGACAGGAAAAAUCAUUUUGCAUACUGGGGCUUGCUGUCGUCACGCUGCCAUCUAUUUCCACUUUAACCAUAAAAACUAUAACUCCCAGCAGCCCUAAAUGCGUUACAGUCACAUAACAUAACUUAAGGCUGCAAUGCAUACUGGGGCAUGUAACCCUUCCGGUGUUGGGAUCGGUGGCACGUGGGUUAGGUAGUACAGGACUCAGAUAAAUGGGUAUUGUAACAGCAGAGAGGAAAGUGGAUCAUAAGUGGAUCUAUAGAUGGAAGAUUUAAAAAUCAAAUACAAUUUAAAUAUUUAAAUUCUGGCUCUGUAAUAAUUACUACAGAGGUAGUGAUUAUAAACAAAGUGUGAAUAAAAAAGCCCGUUAAAUUGCCAGGAAGAGGGGUUUUGUGUUUUAUGUAGAUGUGAGUAUUAAAUGGAUAUUGUGUGGUUUAUUGAUGUUGUAUGGGUGGUAUAUGGUUACUGUCUGGUAUAUUAGAUAUAUGUGGGUUAAAUAUGGGUGCCAUGUGAUUAAUAGAUGCAGCAAAUAUGGCUUAGUGGCAUAUAUUAAGAGAUUUAAGGAUCAGAAGGUUUGCAGGUCCAACUGUACAAAACAAAUUAGCUCCCCGAUAACAGAAAGAAAUGUAAUGAGUGAGAAGUGCCACAAUGUGUAUGAACAAUUUGUGCUGUUUGCGGAUAUGUGCCAUGGGGUAUGUAAUGCGAGUACCUGAAAGACCUAGUUCGUUCUUAAAUGGGCACUCCAGACCAAUAAAAGCACGUUAUCUUGCUAAAAUGCCUUAUGUAUGAAGAGUGUGUCCCCUUUUUAAUUUUACAAAAAGUGCAAGUUUCUGUGGAAAUUGACACUUUUAUAAAUACAUUUUGUUACACCCCCCUGGCUGUCAAUCAGACAACCAAUACUGUUACUUCCUGGUUGUUUAGCUCAGUGGAACUCAUUUAUUUUUUGGCAGUGGAUUGUCCAUUUAAAAUGACAUGCAUCACUUAGAGACAACAGUAUCAUUCAAAGCUUUAGUUUUUGAGGCGUGCCCAAUAAUGGUAUCUGCCCAAGUUUAUAAACAUCUAUGACAUGCUUCUCAAAGUUUUUCUUUCUUCAUUUUGGUUUGUAUAUUUGUUUAAAAGUAUUUGCUUGCUGGUUUAAAAUAAUAUAAAUUGUCACUUGAUGCAUUCCCCUUUAAGGAAUCUGUCUUUUAAAAUUUUGAACCAGCUCUUGAAUUUAGGCCAACGUCAUCAAGCCCUGAAUGAAACAGAUCUGGUUAUAUGUUGGCCCUUUAAAAAGGUUACCCUCCCCUGUUUCUCAAAGUGGUUCUGAAAACGUCUGAGUGAAGGCAAGAUUUAAAAAGAAAAAAAAAAAAAAGAAAAGCAGCGAUAAAAACUAUUUGCUGCAAACCGAUGUAUCAUCCAAACUGAAAAUGACAUAAUGUAUAAAAAGGAUUUAGGACAAAAUCUCUUUACCUCACUUAUGUAACCAGUGACAGGUUGGUUUUUGUGUUUUUUUGUUAAGGAGCAGAUUCUUCCUUUUUUGGGGGGGGUCCAUAAACCGUGGCUUUGCCGACAUCUUCAAUGUAGGUGAGCUUUAUUACACACCUUCACAGUCCGUGCAGACACUCAGUAACCCGCAAACAAAGCUUCGCUCAAGUCAAUGCUUGGUGUGAUCUGCUGCAAUUUAUUACAAGGGCUCGCUGUGUGAUGCACUUGGUAUGGGUGCCUUGUGAGAGCAAACAUUGUGAUCGGCCACAGAAUUGUUAUCGUUCAUGUGACAGCUCGCUGUGUUCUGUUUGUUCCUUCAAAUCCCUGCAAUAAAAUGGAUGCAAUAGUUUGAAA